CUUUUUGCCUUUUCUAGGGCCUCUCUUGCGGCCUAUGGAAAUUCCCAGGCUAGGGGUCUAAUUGGAGCUAUAGCCACUGGCCUAUGCUAGAACCACAGCAACACAGGAUCCGAGUCGCGUCUGCAAAGUACACCACAGCUCACAGCAACACUGGAUCCUUAACCCGCUGAGGGAGGCUAGGGAUCGAACCCGAAACCUCAUAGUUCCUAGUCGGAUUCGUUAACCAGUGCGCCACGACGGGAACUCUGGGUCUUUGAGUCUUAAGGUAAAGUGCAAAGGUUGAGGGUAAGAAUGACCAUUCAGACAUUUCUAGGAAGAACUCCACAGAAGAGCGUAAAAGUCCCUCUUUUCCUUGGUAGCCUACUGUAAAAGCUCCAGGUCUAAGAAAGCCUUUCAGGCCACUGACAAUGCCCCAGAAGGUCGCCGAAACAACUGUCCUGGAAUAAGUGCAAAUAAAUAAGCACAUCUCCAGUGGUAAGACCUAGGUUCUCAGUGGCCUGAAAUGUUUAUUUAAAAGCGGCCUCUGGGAGUUCCUGUCGUGGUUCAGUGGAAACGAAUCUGACUAGUAUCCAUGAGGACACAGUUUUGAUCCCUGGCCUCAUUCAGUGGGUUAAGGAUCUGGUGUAGCCAUGAGGUGUGGUGUAGGUCACAAACGUGGCUCAGAUCCUGAGUUGCUGUUGCUGUGGUGUAGGCCGGCUGCUGUAGCUCCGAUUCAGACCCAGCCUGGGAACCUCCAUAUGCCGCGGGAGCGGCCCUAAAAAGACAAAAAAAAAAAAAAGCCACUUCUGUAAUUUCCAAAAUAGCCAAGUUACUUUUGUGAGAGUCUAAAAAUUACAUAAAUCUCGAGUGGCACAGUGGGAUCAGCAGUGUCUCUGCAAUUCCAGGACACAGGCUCGAUGACUGGCCUGGCAUGGUCACAGCUGCUGCUCAGAUUUGAUUCCUGGCCUGAGAACUCCAUAUGUCUCAGGGCAGCCAAAAAUAAAUAAAUAAGUAAAUUUAAAAAUUAUAUAAAUCUGGCCCCAAAAUACAGGACACUGGCUUGUGCAGUCUGAGCUUAACCCUGGCCACGGAUUGGUGUGUGGAGAGUGUCCCUUGAGUGGCUGUCAGCAGGGGCAUCAAGGUGUCUGACAGGGUGCAGGGCUGGCAGCUUCAUCUAGGGAAUAUCAAGGAUGAGGCAGGCAAAUCCACCUCCUGGAAGAGGAGGUGGGCGGGAGCGCUGGUGUCCUGAGGGUGGGGGAAUCCGAGGGGCGGAGCCAGCACCAGGAAUGGUGGCCCCGGGAGACUGACAGAUGGGGCCUUGGCAGAUGCACUUUGGUUCCCGGGCCUGGUUCUGGGGCAGGAGAAUGAAGCUCCUGGACCCGAGGUUUUGCCUCAGCUGGUUUGACUUGGUCUCCGGGGAACUUCUGCAAGAGCUGCCCAGGCGCUUCCCUUACAGAGGUGGAGCUCCGCGUGGUGCAGAGCAGGCAGCUCUGUGGAAGUAGUUGAUACUAAACAGACCUACUGAGUAGCUCAGUAUCGGUUGACGUGUGUCAUUCCUGAAGGUUUUCCUGGGAUCAUGUAUGUCGCUUCUGGAUCCUGGGCUGGGAGAGGGGCAGUGGGGGCAGGAGAGGGCAGGCCGGUUGUUGCGGGAGAAGGUAGCUCCAGAGGGGCCUGACUCCAGGUCUGGCUCAUCCACCGCGACUGAACUUUGGGCGACUCGCCCGAAGAGGGGGGAGAGACGUGCGUGUGCAGUGUGUGUGCAGGCGGCUGUGAGCACAAGGGGUGACCCUGAGGGGAAGGGUGUGGACUGACACAAGGAGACCGGGGACCGGACUCGGAAUGGGUUAAAGUCUUCCCUUUCUCUGGCGCCUCCCGAAGUCGGCCAGCGAGAGCCCUCGGGGCGCCCGGGUUCUCCUAUUGCGGCGCUGGUGGGAGGGAGAAGGCGGAGCGGCCGCUCACCUCCCGGGCGGGCUUUCCUCCAAUCGCGGGGGAGAGAGCGCUGGCCCAGCACACCCCCUCCUGACUCUGCAGCAGGACGCUGGGCCCUCUGCUGGCUCGCGCACUCGGCUCGGCUCCCCUCCUGCCAUCUUCCGUUGCAAAGCAUUUCUGGGAGCUGCAUGUGGGUGACGCAGCAGCAUUGUUCGCAGGCACAGGAAGCCGCGGCUGAGCUGAAGGGCUCGAGGAGGAGCUCAGAGCACCACACGCCGCUCCCUCUGGGUAGCCUGAAAGGUUGGAGCCGGACUGUCGUGCCUUAUGUACUCUGGGAGAUUCCAGAAUUUUCAAGUAAAUCGGGAUUUUUCCUAGACAGAAAACCUAACUCCUUCAGCACAACUUCCAAUACAGAAAGCAAAACAAAGACGCUGGGGAAACUUCAACCAAGAGCCUCGGCAGCUCCAGGGCGACGAGAAACAACAAGAUUUUGCUGGAGGAGCUUGCCAGCAGUGAUCCCAAGUUAGCUCUCACAGGAGUUCCUAUAGUACAGUGGCCAAAAAGGGAUAAGCUUAAAUUCCCCACCCGGCCAAAGGUGCGGGUUCCUACCAUCCCCAUUACAAAGCCUCACACUAUGAAACCAGCUCCACGGUUAACACCUGUGAGGCCAGCUGCUGCCUCCCCCAUAGUGUCAGGAGCCAGGCGGAGACGAGUGCGAUGUCGAAAAUGCAAGGCCUGUGUGCAAGGAGAGUGUGGCGUUUGCCACUACUGCAGGGACAUGAAGAAGUUCGGGGGACCUGGUCGUAUGAAGCAGUCCUGUGUCCUUCGGCAGUGCUUGGCACCCAGACUGCCUCACUCGGUCACGUGUUCCCUCUGUGGAGAGGUGGAUCAGAAUGAGGAGACGCAGGACUUUGAGAAGAAACUCAUGGAAUGCUGUAUCUGCAAUGAGAUUGUUCAUCCUGGCUGCCUCCAGAUGGAUGGAGAGGGGUUGCUUAACGAGGAAUUGCCAAAUUGCUGGGAGUGUCCAAAGUGCUACCAGGAAGACAGCUCAGAGAAGGCCCAGAAGCGGAAAAUGGAAGAGAGUGAUGAAGAAGCCGUGCAAGCCAAAGUCCUGCGGCCCCUGCGGAGCUGCGACGAGCCCCUCACGCCCCCGCCUCACUCGCCCACCUCCAUGCUGCAGCUCAUCCACGACCCGGCCUCCCCCCGGGGCGUGGUGACUCGGUCAUCCCCUGGGGCCGGCCCCAGCGACCACCACAGUGCCAGCCGCGAUGAGCGCUUCAAACGGCGGCAGUUGCUACGGCUGCAGGCCACAGAGCGCACCAUGGUACGGGAAAAGGAGAACAAUCCCAGCGGCAAAAAGGAGCUGUCUGAAGUUGAGAAAGCCAAGAUCCGGGGAUCGUACCUCACUGUCACGCUGCAGAGGCCCACCAAAGAGCUCCACGGGACAUCCAUUGUGCCCAAGCUGCAGGCCAUCACGGCCUCCUCUGCCAACCUGCGCCAUUCCCCCCGUGUGCUAGUGCAGCACUGCCCAGCCCGAACCCCCCAGCGUGGGGACGAGGAGGGGCUGGGGGGAGAUGAGGAGGAAGAGGAGGAGGAGGAGGAGGAAGAUGACAGUGCAGAGGAGGGGGGUGCAGCCAGGCUGAAUGGCCGGGGCAGUUGGGCUCAGGAUGGAGACGAAAGCUGGAUGCAGCGGGAGGUCUGGAUGUCUGUCUUCCGCUACCUCAGCCGCAGAGAACUUUGUGAAUGUAUGCGAGUGUGCAAGACGUGGUAUAAAUGGUGCUGUGACAAGAGACUUUGGACAAAAAUUGACUUGAGUAGAUGUAAGGCUAUUGUACCCCAGGCUCUCAGUGGCAUCAUCAAGAGGCAGCCAGUCAGCCUCGACCUCAGUUGGACCAACAUCUCCAAAAAACAACUGACGUGGCUCGUCAACAGGCUGCCAGGGCUGAAAGACCUCCUCCUAGCAGGCUGUUCCUGGUCUGCAGUCUCUGCCCUCAGCACCUCCAGCUGCCCCCUUCUCAGGACCCUUGAUCUUCGGUGGGCAGUAGGAAUCAAGGACCCUCAAAUUCGGGACUUGCUGACUCCACCGGCUGAUAAGCCAGGUCAGGACAAUCGUAGCAAGCUCCGGAACAUGACUGACUUCCGGCUGGCAGGCCUCGACAUCACGGAUGCCACGCUUCGCCUCAUCAUUCGCCACAUGCCCCUCCUGUCUCGACUCGACCUCAGUCACUGCAGCCACCUGACGGAUCAGUCCUCCAAUCUGCUCACUGCUGUCGGGUCUUCCACUCGUUACUCCCUCACAGAGCUCAACAUGGCAGGUUGCAAUAAAUUGACAGACCAGACCCUGAUCUACCUACGGCGCAUCGCCAACGUCACCUUGAUUGACCUUCGAGGAUGCAAGCAGAUCACUCGAAAAGCCUGCGAGCACUUCAUCUCAGACUUAUCCAUCAACAGUCUCUACUGCCUGUCUGACGAGAAGCUGAUACAGAAGAUCAGCUAAGACACACCCAGCCCAGACUGAGCAGGAACCCGAUCUUCCCUGACCCCCCGCCGGGAGAGGUCUCUCUCCGCUCCUGCACAGGCUCUGGGGCCAGUGUCACACUCCCUCUCUGCUCUCCUGCCCCUUGAGCCCUUCCCUGACAGGCGGGGCAGAGAGGGUGGUGGACACCAGGCUUCCCUGCCCGCUCCUCUCCCUCCUAAGGAGAAGGGAGUGGCAGAUUGAUGCAAGGGGAAAGCACAGGCUGUGUGUUGUCACGGUGCCUGCUCGCUUGCUCUCCCACCUGCCUGCCCGCUCGCCUGCCGGGAGGCCAGGCUCUCAGUUUGGGGUGUCUGCGCAGCCGUCAUCUGCACUGGGCCCUGGGGCCCCCCUCCCCAUCCAUGAUCCCCAGCAGUGCCUGGUUCUGAGCAAACUCCCAGGGAAGAAAGCGGCCCUGUGUCCGUGGCCAGGUUCUCCUCGUGGUGUCCAGUGCGUGUCUCUCCUCCGUCACACUCUCCCGGCUUAGGCUGGAGGGGCCGGCAGCCCCAGGAACGCCAGACCCAUGCAGAUCACACUGGUGCUGUUGAGGUGUUGAAAACCUCUUGUCCGUGUCCGUGCUCUCCCUCUUCUCCUCUCCUUUUAGCUUGAUCCUGUCCAAAACUCGCGGUAGUUCACAUAAUGAGGUUACCCCGCUCCAACUUUCCUGCUAGUUUCUAUGAAGUCCGUGUUGCACUUAUUGGGGUUGAGGCUCUUCAGAGGAGCUGGAACUGUCUACCCCAGGGACACCCCCAUUUUAUUGCUUCCCAGGCAGAUUCUGAGACAGGCUCCAUCUCCCUGUUCCCCUCCGUCUUUGGCCUGCCCUGCCCUUUUCCACCCUUUCCUUAUUCCUACCUGAAUAGGGCCUUCCCAGGAUGUGUGUCCUCAGAGGGAGCAGCCUAUCUCCCCCAGCUGGGGGGUCAGAGAACUGGGCCGGGUGCCCACCUGCCUCCCAGCAGGCUCCAGGCCCAGGGUGUAAUACGGCCCCCGAAGCCCAGGCCUGUGUCUAGUCCCAGUGGCUCACUGAUCUGGCACCUUCGGGGGUCGGGGUCCUGCUUAGAAGUCAUUCACCUGCCCUCUGCCUGCAGCUGUGGAAGGGGGUGUGCAUGUGCCUCUGUGUGUGUGGCCGAGUGUGUUAAGCGUGUGUGUGGAGGGAAGGAGGGGAGCAUGGCGUCUCCCGCUCCACCGCCCUGUGUCGAGCCCCAUCAGCUGCCCCCUCUUACUUUGCAUUGAACGGCCUGUCCAAAGAUCCUCUCUCUAGGGCAGCAGAGAGCUUUUUGCACUUUAAAAAAAAAAAAAAAAAAAAAAAAAAAUGGUCGGGAUUUCUUUUGGGUCAGUAUUUAAGUGUGUGAGGAGACGCUCAGCAGCCCCUGUGGCAAGAGCUUAUCAAUGAUAGAUGCGGAUUUGCACUCUGCUCCCAUCUGUAAGGAUAGUGAUAGCACAACCUUGCCCCUACUUCUCGCCCUCUAGCCCACCCAGUCCCGGCCCCUUUCCUGCAGCCCAGUCUCAGGCUCUCCUCCUCCUGAAGCCCUUGGGUGGAGGGGAAGGAGCCCAGGCACCAGGGGUCUGAUUGUGAGCCGCCCCAAGGAGAGACGCCGCCUGCACCCUUGCCACUUCCAAAGCAAUAGAGGCAGAGGGGUUCCCUCUUUGCCACCUAGCCCAGCUUUGACCCUGGCAUUGACUGGCCUCCUAAGAGAAAACUGGAUCUUGGGAGGGGGUGGCAUUGUUUCUUCCAAUCUGCUGAUUCUCUUGGCUGCACCUUAAAAGCAGCUGUCUGCUCCCGUGACCCUCUAGCCCUUCCGUUGGUCUCCAGGCCCCAGACAGCUGGGGCUGAAACUUUGAGGAAAUGCCAGUGACUUAUUCCAGAGUGCCUCAGUCAGGGGAGCUUCUCUGUAAAGAACCCUGGGUAUUGAGCAAAACCUUAUUAAUAUUAUGGUUAAUGACCUAUAAUUGGAAGCUUCCUGCCUUUUUUGGUUGCUCCUGUGGAAAAUACUGAAAAGAUUGUUUUGUUUCGUUGUCUUUUUAUAAAAGGGGAGGUGGAGAGACCCCUUCAGAGCAGGGAUUGUGCCGGGAGAGUGCCUCUGACUUUGGGACAUUGCAUCCACAGAAAUUUCCAAGCUGGUGGUUUGUUUUGGGUUUUGGUUUUUAUUUUUGUUGUUUUUGGUUUGGAAAAACAAGCAUUUUUACCGCGCACGUAAAUGGUCAGCAGAAAAGGGAGCCUCGGAGUGGCAGCUGAUGGACCUGUGCCCUUUCUGGGUUCUCCUUUUCUCUGGGACUGUGAGGGGGGAAAUGGUUUUUAGAGGUGAGGGUUGGUCCGUAUGGAGGAAAGAAAUGUCUCUCUUUGGGGACAGAGGAACCUGGGAGUUCCAUCGAAUUUCCUGCCAUCUGCUCUUAGACACAGCCUUGCCAGGAAGAGCCUGCCCUCCUCAGACCACAGGACCAGACACCUUGCCUCCAUCUUUCCAAGCACCGGGGCAAAAAACCACAAAGGAAAGGAAGAAAAUUUAUAUAUAUAUAUAUAUAUAUAUAAUAUAAAAUCACUUGGUGAUUAAAAAAUAAUUCCUCCAUAAAUAAAACUCCUAAAGUCACUAUGUUUAAAGGGUUUGGUUGUGUUUUUUGUUUUCGGAGAAAUAUUGUAAAUAUAUAUUUUUUGUUGCUGAUUUAGAGUCAAUCUCCAAUGUUGUGCUAAAAAAUUAAAUUAAAUGUAAGCAUUAAGGGGACAAGUCAUGCUAUCUCAAUUGACACAUUGGGGUUAUUAUGGGUCAGGGAAGAAGGGAAGGUAGCCGGACUUUUGUUUUUUAAACAUUCUCCACUUUUGGUUUUAGAAAGAGCAAGGACAUCUUUCCUCUGACAUGUGGGAAUGGGAGAUAUUUGUGUAAUAAAAUUUUUAAAAGACAAAAAAGAAA